AUGCUUAAAUCAGUCUUCUUCAUGACCCUACUCUGGGGUGUUUCAACGGCAUUUAUGUUUGAUUUCCACCACCAGCAGCGGCAGCAACAGCAACAGCAGCAGGAACAGCAAAGAAGUUACGAAGAUCGCGUGCUGGAUAACGAGUGUCCAAACUACCUUUGUCCUGAUACUUUACAGUGUGUGAAAGAGAAGAAGGACUGCCCUUGUCCGUUUUCAAAAUCUCAACUGAAGUGUGAACUACCUAAUGGUGACUAUCUCUGCAUCUCCAAACCAGCUACACAUGAUCAAAAGUUGAACGAACAGUACGAUGACUCUAAGAAGGGGCCACAAUUCAAAGCUGGUAAUGGGAUAAGGGACUGUGGCUGGAUAUUGGAUGUAUAUCAAGGUAAAAUUUAA